CCUGGCCAUCGGGAGCAAUUCGGGGUUCCGUAUCUUGCCGAAGAACACUGGGACAUGUGGACUGGGAGGAACGGGAAUCAAACCGCCGGGCGUCUGGAUAGGGGACGACCGCUCUACCUCCGUAGCCACGCACACAAGAGAUAACGUCAAUUAGACAACAUCCAAAGACGACGGGUACCUCUGCAUACUCCUGGGUCUCGGGAUCUAAUGUUUACAGCUUCGGUUGUAGAGAGGUUCCAUCUGGGAGACAUAACUUAAAGCACGACUCUCUGCAGCCGGUCCCUGUCGCUCUCCGUGUAGACCGUCGCGCAAUGUUGACGUCACAGUCGGGGUCCUCCAGAAAGUCCUGUCUCCACAUUCACCUGGUUUGUCCCGGUAGCAGGAAGACGAUGGCAACAGUCCGCAAGAAGAUAGACAACCGGAUUCGGGUCCAGAUAGAGAAUGGAGUGGCUCUGCAGCAUCGCACCAUGUUUGUGGUGGUGGGAGAUCGUGGAAGGGAUCAGGUUGUCAUCCUGCAUCACAUGCUGUCUAAAGCUGCUGUCAGAGCACGACCCUCUGUACUCUGGUGCUACAAAAAAGACUUGGGAUUCAGCAGCAAUCGAAAGAAGCGCAUGAGACACCUACAGAAGAAGAUUAAAACAGGGACAUUGAAUCUGAACCAGGAUGACCCGUUUGAACUAUUCAUCGCUGCAACAAACAUCCGAUACUGUUACUACAAUGAGACCCACAAGAUCCUGGGAAAUACCUACGGCAUGUGCGUGUUACAGGAUUUUGAAGCUGUCACUCCCAACCUGUUGGCGAGAACUAUAGAAACUGUAGAAGGAGGUGGGAUAGUGGUCAUACUGCUGAGAACAAUGAACUCUCUCAAGCAGCUGUAUACAAUGACUAUGGAUGUACACGCUCGAUACAGAACUGAGGCCCAUCAGGAUGUGGUGGGACGGUUCAACGAGAGGUUCAUUCUGUCUCUUGCAUCCUGCAAAAACUGUGUUGUCAUUGAUGACCAGCUCAACAUUCUGCCAAUCUCCAGCCACAUGACAAACAUCAAGCCAGUUCCUCCAAAGACUCAGGAGGACAGUUUGUCUCCACGAGAACAGGAGCUGAAGGAUGUGAAGGAGUCCCUCCAGGACACUCAGCCUGUGGGUGUGUUGGUAGAUUGCUGCAGGACCAUGGACCAGGCUAAGGCAGUGCUGAAGUUCAUUGAAGCAAUCUCAGAGAAGACUCUGAGGAGCACCGUGGCUCUGACUGCUGCCCGUGGUCGAGGGAAGUCUGCAGCAAUGGGGCUGGCUGUGGCUGGAGCUGUGGCUUUUGGGUACAGAUUAGUUUUUGUAACGUCACCGAGCCCGGACAACCUCCACACCAUGUUUGAGUUCAUCUUCAAAGGGUUUGAUGCUCUGCAGUAUCAGGAGCAUCUGGACUAUGAAAUCAUCCAGUCUUUGAAUCCAGAGUUUAACAAAGCCGUGGUGCGGGUGAACAUCUUCAAAGAGCAUCGGCAGACGAUUCAGUACAUCCACCCAGGCGAUGCAGUGAAGCUGGGCCAGGCUGAACUGCUGGUCAUUGAUGAGGCUGCAGCCAUCCCUCUUCCUUUAGUGAAAGACUUGCUGGGGCCUUACCUGGUUUUCAUGGCCUCCACCAUCAAUGGUUAUGAAGGAACAGGGCGUUCCCUCUCCCUCAAACUGAUUCAGCAAUUAAGGCAGCAGAGUGCAGAGAGUCAGCAGAGCAUGUCGGCAGAGAACAGGAGCAGCACCACCGCGAGGCUGGCAGCAGCUCGCUCUCUCCAUGAGGUUUCUCUGCAAGAGUCCAUUCGGUAUGCUCCAGGAGACGCGGUGGAGAAGUGGCUGAAUGAGCUGCUCUGCCUGGACUGUCUCAGCAUUCCCCGGCUCAUUUCUGGAUGUCCACUUCCACAAACCUGUGACCUAUACUAUGUGAACAGAGACACACUGUUCUGUUACCACAAGGCAUCUGAGGCGUUUCUGCAGAGGUUGAUGGCUCUCUAUGUGGCAUCCCACUACAAGAAUUCGCCCAAUGACCUGCAGCUGUUGUCCGAUGCUCCAGCUCAUCACCUCUUCUGCCUGCUGCCACCUGUCCCUCCUACACAGAACUCUCUGCCCGAGGUCCUUGCUGUGGUGCAGGUGUGUCUGGAGGGAGAAAUAUCCCGGCAGUCCAUCCUAAACAGUCUGUCCAGAGGGAAGAAGGCUUCUGGGGAUCUCAUUCCCUGGACUGUCUCAGAACAGUUCCAAGACCCAGAGUUUGGCAGCCUCUCUGGAGGCAGAGUGGUGCGAAUAGCUGUCAAUCCAGAUUACCAAGGGAUGGGUUAUGGAUCCAGAACUCUCCAGCUGCUGCAGAUGUACUAUGAGGGCAAGUUUCCCACCAUGGAUGAGAACACACACUCACACCACAAUGAGAUCACUUCCGUCAGCAGUGAGGCUGUCAGUCUUCUGGAGGAGGUUAUCACGCCACGGAAGGAGCUCCCACCUUUACUACUGAAGCUGAGUGAAAGGAGAGCAGAGAGACUGGACUAUUUAGGAGUUUCCUAUGGCCUUACUGCACAGCUGCUCAAGUUCUGGAAGAAAGCAGGUUAUACUCCAGUCUACUUAAGACAAACCCCUAAUGACCUGACAGGAGAACACUCGUGUGUGAUGCUGAAGGAGCUGAAUACAGAUGAAACCCCAGAGCAGAGCCAGUGGCCGUCUGCCUUCUGGAAAGAUUUCCGCCGGCGCUUCCUGUCCCUCCUCUCCUACCAGUUCAGUGGCUUCCACCCGAGCCUGGCGCUCAGCAUCCUGCAGAAUAAAAAGUCCAAAGAGGAGACUAGCAUUCUCAGCAGCUCUGAGCUGGCAGUUCAUUUCAGCCCUUAUGACCUCAAACGUCUGGAGCUGUAUUCAAGAAGCAUGGUGGACUACCACCUAAUCAUGGACCUGAUCCCAGCUGUGGCACGCAUGUUCUUCCUCAGGCAGCUCGGUGACAUCUCUCUCUCAGCAGCACAGUGUGCGUUACUGUUGGGGAUAGGAAUGCAGCACAAGUCAGUGGAACAGCUGGAGAAGGAAAUUGAUCUCCCAAGUUCACAGCUCUUGGGCCUUUUCAACCGUCUCAUCCGUAAAUUUGUGCAAGUCUUUACCAGCAUCCAAGAAAAGGCAAUUGAGGCCCAGAUGGUAGCCAGUAAAGAUGUGACCAUGGAGCCAACUGUCAGGAGCCUUAGCGAUGACCUGACCGAAGCUGCCAAGGAGUUUGAGGAGAAACACAAGCAGGAUAUAGAGAAAGUGAAGGACAUGGACCUUGAAGAGUACAGGAUCCGAGGAGAUGAUGAGGAGUGGGACCAGGUGCUGAGGAAAGCAGGGACCACGGCCAUAGUCAGCAUAAAGAGUGACAAGAAGAGGAAGUUGGAUGGGGGAAACUUACUCGAAAGCACUGGGGGACCCCAGCAUGGGAAACUGAAAAAGAAGGACAUGCAACACAGCAAAUUCAAGAAGACCAAGGACAAGCAUGGCAAAUUUGGAAAGAAGGCGUGACAGUAAACAAAGCAACAUCACUCUGUUCUGUACUUUGGAGAAGUUUGGAUAUCUCAGAUGAACUGCAAAAAAACUAAAGAGCAUUCAACAAGACUGGAUAGCCAGUGAGGUGUUUUUUUUUUUUUAUUAGAAUUUGUUGCUUAGAUUUGUUCUGUGUGCAGCCCUGUACAGACACUGUAUAGCAGCAGAAAAUUAACACUUGUACUAAAUAAAUACAAUUUACUUUCACUUUUUAAAGGUUAUCUUUUUGUAAUGUGAUUUCUAUGGUUACUUGGAAAAAAAA